CUGCAGUUGUUCAUUAAGGUCGAUCAGAGACCAUACUGCUUACCUAUACCGGAUACAAACCCUGAAUUUCGAAGUGCUUCAGGUCAGGUGCUUUCGCUGUGCGAAGCAGUUAAGCAGUGGUGGUCCGGUCUUGGAUAGAGACAGAAAAUCAUCAACCGAUGGAUGAUGCCAGAGUCGCGGAGCUGAAGAAAUUUAUUGAUGGAUGCAAGUCAGAUCCUUCACUUCUUCACAACCCAUCUCUUGCAUUCUUCAAGUCUUAUCUUGUGAGCUUAGGUGCUCGCCUACCUCCAGAACAGAAAACGGAGAAAGUUGCUGACAACAUGUCAGAGCGUGCUGAUGCUAAAGGAGCUGAUUUAUCUGGAGAAGAUGAAGAUGAAAUUGUAGAAUCUGAUAUCGAACUGGAUGAUGCUGAUGUUGUUGAACCUGAUAGUGACCCUCCUCAGAAGAUGGGAGAUUCGUCAGCCGAGGUGACAGAAGAUCAGCGGGAUGCUGCUCAAGUUGCAAAGUCUAGGGCCAUGGAUUCUAUUUCAGAAGGGAAGUUGGAUGAUGCGGUGGAUCAACUAACAGAAGCCAUUGUCUUGAAUCCCCAUUCAGCAAUACUCUAUGCUACCCGAGCUAGUGUCUUUAUCAAGUUGAAGAAACCAAAUGCUGCAAUCCGUGAUGCUGAUACUGCCUUGCAGAUUAAUUCUGACUCAGCUAAAGGAUACAAAAUACGGGGAAUGGCUAGGGCUAUGUUAGGAUUAUGGGAGGAAGCAGCUAAUGAUCUUCAUGUGGCUUCAAAGUUAGAUUAUGAUGAAGAAAUUGGAACGGCACUUAAAAAAGUUGAACCUAAUGCCCGGAAAAUUGAGGAGCAUAGGAGAAAAUAUGAACGAUUACACAAGCAAAGGGAGCAGAAGAGAGCUGAACGGAAGAAGAAAAAACAAGCGGAAGCUCAAGUUCAAGAAUCAUUGUCUGCUUUAAAAGAUGGACAAGUCAUCGGUAUCCAUUCUGUUGGUGAACUGGACAAGUUAUUGAGUGCUGCUUCUAAGACAUCUCGCUUGACAGUUCUGUAUUUUACUGCAACGUGGUGUGGCCCCUGUCGUUUUAUUGGGCCUCAUUUUGCAAGCUUGGCUGAGAAGUACCCAAAAGUUGUAUUUUUGAAGGUUGACAUAGAUGAGGCAACAGAUGCUGCUGCACGCUGGAAUAUUAGCAGCGUUCCCACCUUUUUCUUUAUUAAGAAUAGCAAAGAGAUCGACACUGUGGUGGGGGCAGACAAAAGUGCACUUGAAAGGAAGGUUGCGCAACAUGCAGGCGCUCCUUAAGUGACACCUGAUCAGAACAUGGAUGCAGUUUUUGUUUUCUCUUGCUUUUUUCUGUGUUUAUAUUUCUGUUAUGUCUUAAAAACGUGACUCGCGUUGUGUCUGUUGGCAUGUCAAUUUGCUUGUCCCAAGAGUUCGCGUUCCCUUGGAAUAAAGUUAUACACACUUUCCUGCCUAUUUUUGUAAGAUAGUUUGGUAACUCAAAUGGGGAAAGAAAAAUUCAACGUGGGCGUUGUACUUCGA